CGAGGGGAGACGGUUGACGCGAGUGCGAGCGCCCGGUUCCUGGCGGCCUCUCGAGGGGCCGAGCGGAGCAAGAGCGUCAAUGUCUCUCAUGUUGAAUCUCCUUAGGCAGCUCUUGGAAUAUUUUGGCGUCCCUUUGGAACAGCUUUGGGAACAGUUUACACCAAUAUGGGAAGUUCAUGCAAAUGGUCGAAGUAUUGUUCGAGUUAUAGUGACACAUUUACCUUCACAUCUCUUUUCAAGAACUGACUUGUACCACUUAUGGUCCACUAUUUUACCAAUAUGGGAAAAUAAGGAAUAUGGAUCUACUCGAAGUAUUGUUCGUAGCAUUGGGAAAAUUCUUCCUUUGGAACCUUGUCCAAGGCCUAACUUUGAGCUGUUUCAAUAUUUGAAUGCCUUAGACUGCGAUCAACAUGACUCUGCUCUGACCCCCAUAGUUCCAUCAUUUGCCGAUAUCUUAUGUGUGGCAAAUGAUGAAGAAGUCAGAUAUGCCAAAUUUAGAAAUUGUAUAUGGAAAAAUUAUGAGGACAAAACUGAAUUUUUCAAUCCAGUGCCUUCACCUUUACUUCCUGUUACUGAAGCAGCAAUUAAAAAAAUAGCCGCCCUUGAAGAUGAGCUAUCCAUUCUUCGUUCCCAGAUUGCUGCAAUUGUUGGAAUGCGAGAAGCAGAAAACAGGUCUACUUUUGAUUCCUUGAAAUCAUAUGAUAUGCCUGAUAAUCUGGAAUCACUACUAUCAAUGACUUCUUCACCUUCCUCUGUACCAGAAUGUUUUUCAACUUCAGUGGUUCAUCCCCCACCUCCUCCACCUCCUCCACCUCUUCCACCUUCUCCACCUCCUCCAUCUCCUCCAUCAGGAUCUAAUUGCAGUGAUUCAGGCAGUUUAAGAGAUGGACUUAUAAAAGGCCACCAUGCUGCAGAUAAGACCAACUCUAGCAAAUUUGCAGAAAACCAGAGAACCAAAGAUAUUCCUAGCAUGAUGGAUGUUCUAAAGGAUAUGGAUAAAGUCAAGCUGCGUGCUAUUGAACGGUCACCUGGAGGGAGACCUGUUCAUAAGACAAGAAGACAAAGUUCACAUUGGGAUCCAGUGUCUAUAAUUUCUCAUGCCCUUAAGCAAAAAUUUGCAUUCCAGGAAGAUGAUUCCUUUGAAAAAGAAAGUAAUUCUUGGGACUCUUCAUUUUCUAGUCCAGAAACUCCAAAGUUUGGACGUCGUAUAUUGCAACCGAAUGGACAAUGUACUCAAGAAGAAAUUGACAAAGUAUCGUAAAGUUGUC